UCGAAAGGAGAUUUGAGGAGCGCGGUGGCAUGUUCGUGUCCAAAGACAUGGAUCAUGGGGUGACCCAUAAGUGGUUGAUUGAUCACUGAAACAGAGCGACCAUGUAUCGAUGGCGGGUCGUGGGGCUGCUGGAGGGGUUCGAUGAGGCGUGGAAAGGGAAUGAGGCUGAAAGAAAGGAGGCAAGGAGAUUAAUAGAUGUUUGGGGUGAGGAGAGGAUGAAGGCGGGAAGGUUGCUGGGUAUCGGGGGGGAGGAGGUGAGCUGGUUGCGCAGGUUGAAGAGAGGAAUAAAAAGAGAGUUUCAGUGGCGAAGACAACUGAGCUGGAGCUUAAAGUGGAGGUUGAAGAGGAGGAGCAGAAUUAAUUCUCUGAUCGCAGGGACACCCUCGCAUCAGUCUGGUGUUCAGGACACUUCCACGCCCGUUGUUGCGGACUUGCGGCGGUGUCUGGAACGUAAUCCCGUUGCUACCAUCAAUAGAACGGAUCAAAGAUUGAGCGCCAAACGCAUCAAGCUUGAUGACCUUGCGACGAGUCACUUCAGAGCAUUCCCGCAUCGUUGCGCAUCCCUUCUUGCCGACCCUUUGCAAGGAGCCUACAACAGUACUUCAUCGCCCAAGCGAUUCCUACCGUGCCAUGAGAAGAUUAGCUAGCGAUGACAAGUCAUACAAGCCUGUACGGUGAGUCUCAACAGGGGGAUUCGUCAAGCAGCACACGGACUGGAAUGACGAGCUGACGGAAAUGGAGGAAGCAGAGUGGCAGAUGCAGUCGGAAGCGCAUUCGCAGUCCGUAGGCGCAUUCCAAAGGAUUUGCAGAGCGUGGCUGGUGAAGAGGAUGUCACAAAAAGAUGUUGGUUGGGAGGAGUGUGGAAGCACCACGUG